UGUGGUGAGCUGUCACCAGGUGUCCUUUUGAGAGUGACAUCGUCUUUAAACCCUGCGUGGCAAUCCCUGACGCACCGCCGUGAUGCCCAGGGAAGACAGGGCGACCUGGAAGUCCAACUACUUCCUAAAGAUCAUCCAGCUUCUGGAUGAUUAUCCAAAAUGCUUCAUUGUGGGAGCAGACAAUGUGGGCUCCAAGCAGAUGCAGCAGAUCCGCAUGUCCCUCCGUGGGAAGGCUGUGGUGCUGAUGGGCAAGAACACCAUGAUGCGCAAGGCCGUGCAAGGGCGUCUGGGAAACAACCCGGCCCUGGAGAAACUUUUGCCUCAUAUCCGGGGGAAUGUGGGCUUUGUGUUCAUCAAGGAGGACCUCACUGAGAUCAGGGACAUGCUGAUGGCCAACAAGGUGCCAGCUGCCGCCCGUGCUGGUGCCAUUGCCCCAUGCGAAGUCACUGUGCCUGCCCAGAACACUGGGCUGGGUCCCGAGAAGACCUCCUUCUUCCAGGCUUUAGGCAUCACCACUAAGAUCUCCAGGGGUACCACUGAAAUCCUGCGUGAUGUGCAGCUUAUCAAGACUGGAGACAAAGUGGGAGCCAGCGAAGCCACGCUGCUGAACAUGCUGAACAUCUCUCCCUUCUCCUUUGGGCUGAUCAUCCAGCAGGUGUUUGACAAUGGCAGCAUCUACAACCCUGAAGUACUUGACAUCACAGAGGAAACUCUGCACUCUUGCUUCCUGGAGGUACAUACUGCCAGGCCCUUCCAUAAAUUGUUGAGAGCCCGACAAGUGUCAGAUUGAAUAAUGGCUGUGCUG